CCCCCACCUCAGCACACACCGCAGCGACUACGGCGGUGACGACGACUAGUAAAACGCCCACCUAUCUUCCGUUCCACCGCAGCUCCUCCCCAAACGCAUCCCUCCAUCCCCCUCCAUCCCGGCUCCAGAGACGUACGAAACCGCCGUUGGUCAGCACCAGUAAACACUAAACACCACUAGCUGUCGAAUCCGCCGUACGAGCAUUUCUUGGUGUCGACUUUCUUGGGCAAGAACCGGCGGGGGGGAGGAAGGAGCCAUGCAUAACCACAGGGCGGGCGCCGACGCCGCCGGGGCCGGCGGCGGCAGGGACAUCGUGGAGAUGGCGUCCGCGGCGCCGGGCGCGCAGGAGAGGGUGAUCCCGCACAGCGGGCCCCGGAGCAAGAAGGCCGGGCCGCGGAACAGUGAGCGGUUCGGAGAGUCCGUGUCCGCGCUGCUCGCGGCCCCGCCUCAGCGCGCCGCCGCCGCCCCCUCCGCCUCGAACAACGAGGAGUACGUGGAGAUCACCCUCGACGUGCGCGACGACUCGGUGACGGUGCACAGCAUGAAGCCGGCCGCGGGCGGGGCCGGCGGGGACGAGUCGGCCGUCAGCAGCGCGGGCCCCCGCGUCGACCGGUCCAAGUCCGCCGCUGCGCACACGCUCAAGGGGUUAAAGUUCAUCAGAAUGGCCGACGGCGGCGCUGGGUGGCCCUCCGUCGAGAAGCGGUUCGAGGAGCUCUCCCAGGAGGGCCUCCUCCACCGCUCCAAGUUCGGCAAGUGCAUCGGGAUAAGGGAGGUGGAGUUCGCCAGCGAGCUGUUCGACGCGCUGACGCGGCGGCGGAACAUCUCCGGCGACAGCAUCCGCAAGGCGGAGCUGCGCGAGUUCUGGGACCAAAUCUCUGAUACCAGCUCCGACGGUCGCCUCCAGAUCUUCUUAGACAUGGUGGUCAAGAACGCGGACGGAAGGAUCACCAAGGAGGAGGUCAAAGAGAUCAUCAUCCUGAGCGCGUCGACGAACAAGCUGUCGAAGAUCAUGGAGCAGGCGGAGGAGUACGCGAGUCUGAUCAUGGAGGAGCUGGACCCCAGGAACCUGGGGUACAUCGAGCUGGAAAACCUGGAGAUGCUGCUGCUGCAGGCGCCGAGCCACUCGGUGAGACAGAUGCUGAGACAGAGCCUCCGCCCCACGGCGGAGCCCAACCCGCUCCGGCGGUGGUACCGCCACGCGCAGUACUUCCUCGAGGACAACUGGAAGCGCGUGUGGGUCAUGCUCCUGUGGCUCUCCAUCUGCACGGGGCUCUUCACCUGGAAGUUCGUGCAGUACCGGCGCCGGUACGUGUUCGAGGUGAUGGGGUACUGCGUCUGCGUCGCCAAGGGCGGCGCCGAGACGCUCAAGUUCAACAUGGCGCUCAUCCUGCUGCCUGUGUGCCGGAACACCACCACCUGGAUCCGCAACUUCACGUUCGUCACCCGCGUCGUGCCGUUCAACGACGAUCUCAACUUCCACAAGGUGAUCGCCGUGGGGAUCACCGUCGGCGCGGGACUGCACAUCAUCUCCCACCUGACCUGCGACUUCCCACGGCUGCUCCACGCCACCGACGCCGAGUACGCGCCGCUGGCGCAGUACUUCAGCACGAGCCGCGACUGGAGGCCGCCGAACUACCGGUUGUUCGUGAAGGGCACAGAGGGGUGGACGGGGCUCGUGAUGCUGGUGCUCAUGGCGAUAGCGUUCACGCUCGCGACGCCGCGGCUACGCCGCGGCAGGCUCCGGCUCCCCGGCCCGCUCAAGCGCCUGACUGGGUUCAACGCGUUCUGGUACUCGCACCACCUGUUCGUCAUCGUCUACGCGCUACUCAUCGUGCACGGGCACUUCCUGUACCUCACCCACAAGUGGUACAAGAAGUCCACGUGGAUGUACUUGGCCGUGCCGAUGUUCCUGUACGCGUGCGAGCGGCUUACGCGGGCGCUGCGGUCCAGCGUGCUGCCGGUGAAGAUCCUCAAGGUGGUGGUGUACCCCGGGAACGUGCUGUCGCUGCAUUUCUCCAAGCCGCAGGGGUUCCGGUACAAGAGCGGCCAGUACAUCUUCGUCAACUGCGCCGCCGUCUCGCCAUUCCAGUGGCACCCGUUCUGCAUCACGUCGGCCCCGCAGGACAACUACGUGAGCGUCCACAUCAGGACAAACGGCGACUGGACCAGCGAGCUCAAGAACGUCUUCUCAAGGGUGUGCCGGCCGCCGACGGAGGGGAAGAGCGGGCUGCUCCGGGUGGAUUACGACCGCGACGGUGGCGCCAUGUCGAACCCGAGCUUCCCGAAGGUGCUGAUCGACGGCCCCUACGGCUUGAUGGCGCAGGACUACAAGCAGUACGACAUUGUGCUCUUCAUCAGCCUCGGCAUCGGCGCCACGCUCAUGUUCUCCAUCAUCAAGGACAUCAUCAACAACAUGAAGCAGCUCGACGGCGACCUCCAGUCUGGGGACGCCAGCAGCAACUCCGUGUCGUCGUCGUUCUACACGCGGCGCGCCUACUUCUACUGGGUGACCCGGGAACAAGGGUCCUUCGACUGGUUCCGCGACGUGAUGGACGAGCUGGCGAAGACGGACAAGAAGGGCGUCAUCGAGCUCCACAACUACUGCGCCAGCCUCUACGAGGAGAGCGACGCCCGGUCCACGCUCAUCGCCGUGCUCCAGUCGCUCAUCUACGCCAAGCACGGCGUCGACGUCGUCUCCGGCACCCGCAUCAAGACCCACUUCGCGCGACCCAACUGGUGCAACGUCUACAAGCGCGUCGCGCUCAACCACCGCAACCAGCGCGUCGGAGUGUUCUACUGCGGUACCACGGUGCUGGUAAAGGAGCUGCGUGAACUCGCGCAGGAUUUCUCGAGAAAAACCACCACACAGUUCGAAUUCCACAAGGAGAAUUUCUAAUUUGAGCAACCGACCGGUCUCGAGAAGUUUCAGGAGGAACUAAGUUACCAAGAAUCACUAUGCCUGGCACAUUUACUAUGAAUUUUACCUGAAAUGAUAUGUUAUCUCUUUGCAUAGAUGAAAAUGGGACACUGAUUUUUAGCGUAUAUUUGUGGCCAUAUAAUCAUGUGAUUUCUGGAGGUACAAAUUCCGUAUUUAUUGUUGCAGCUGCUGCUAGUGUUAGUGCUGGAACACGUGUUAGCUCUUGACCAAUAUUAGAAAAGAAGACCAAUUCGAUACUUUUUGGAUCAUCUUUAGAAUAGUUUGCUGGGUCUACUGCAAUGAUAGCAAUACGAUGCCUG